UAUUUGUCAUUUUUUUUUUUAGAAUUGAUCACUUUCUGUUCAUCUGUUUUCUCUUAAAUUACGAGCACAUGGUCAAGGUCCAGUUCCUCAUGGCCUAUCCCAGUGUUCUUUGCACAAGACGGGUGGAUUAUGAUCAGUGUGUGUGUGUGUGUGAGGGGGAUGUAAAUCUCCUUUCAAAUCCUCUUUAAGGUUCCACUGAGCAAGAGAAAGAGAGAGCGAUCGAGAGGCAGGGAGAGAGAGAGAGAAAAGAGGGAGGGGGAGAAAGAGAAAGGAGGUACUUUUACACCUCCAUUCUGCAAAGAAAGAGGAAGAAUAUCCUCCAGUAUAGACGUGCCACCCCUGAAGAGUGCAGAUCAGGCGGCCCGUGUGGAUGUUUAAGGGCUCGGGUCUAUGAUGUAAGCCUGCAGACAGGUGACUGUUUGCCGAGACCUCCAUGAUGAACGGGUACUCCGCCCCCGCUUACUCCACUGGCGGCUUCGCCUCCUACGCCCCCCAGCAGAAUGGCCAUGGUUCCCCCUCCCCUGAGCUGCCACAGAGGAACGCCACCAAGUCCAGUGCUAAGGCUCUUUACGAACAAAGGAAGAACUACACAAAAACCAGUAUUAACAGCAUGACGGACACAUCCCAGUACCACGUGGAGCACCUGACCACGUUUGUGAUGGAUCGGAAAGAGGCCAUGAUCACCAUCGAGGAUGGGAUCCGGAAGCUGCGUCUCUUGGACGCCAAAGGGAAGGUCUGGACCCAGGACAUGGUCCUCCAGGUGGACGAGAAGGCGGUCAGCCUCAUCGACGCAGACACCAAGAAUGAGCUGGAGAACUUCCCCAUCAGCACCCUCCAGCACUGCCAGGCGGUGAUGAACGCCUGCAGCUAUGACUCCAUCCUGGCCCUGGUGUGCAAGGAGUCGGGGCAGGGCAAGCCUGACCUGCACUUCUUCCAGUGCGACGACAUCAAGGCUAAUUUAAUCCAUGCUGAUAUUGACAGUGCCAUCAGUGACUUCAAGGGUGGGAAGGUGAAGAAGAGGCCGGAAGCUUUAAGGAUGAUCCUGAAGAGUGACGGGGGCAUCCCACCACCCCCCGCGGCCCCGGCCCCCGAGCCCCCGGCAGCAGACGCUCAGGUGGACGUGAAGAGCAGGGCGGCCGCCUGGUCAGCCUGGGCCAGUGAGCACCAGGAGUAUGACCCACAGCAGCAGUACUCUGAGCAGGACGAGCCAGCUGAGAUGGCGGCCGCACGCGUGGACAGGGACGUGCAAAUCCUGAACCACAUCCUGGACGAUAUUGAACACUUUGUCACCAAACUUCAGAAAGCAGCCGAAGCUUUCAACGAACUCUCCAAGAGGAAGAAGUCGAAGAAGAACAAAAAGAAGGGUCCUGGAGAGGGAGUGCUAACACUGCGAGCGAAGCCGCCAAUGCAGGAGGACUUUGUCGAUUGCUUCCAGAAAUUCAAGUGUGCAUUCAACUUGCUGGCGAAACUGAAAAACCACAUCAACAACCCAAGUGCUGUGGAUCUGGUCCACUUCCUCUUCACCCCCCUCAGAAUGGUGAUCCAGACCUCAGGUGGCGUGGACCUGGUGAAGAGCGUGCUGGUUCCGCUCUUGACCCGCGAGGCCAUCGACUUCCUCCACGCGUCCGGCACCACAGAGGAGCGGCACCUGUGGGUCACGCUGGGAGACGGCUGGACCAAGUGCAGACUGGAGUGGCCAAAGGACCAGUUCUUCCCGGCGUACACGCCACGUUUCCGCGACGGCUGGGAGCCGCCAGUGUUGGCGUUUCUGGGGAGCUCCCGGGAGCAGGAGCUCAACCGGCUGGCGGAGACGCUGGCCCACGCCGAGAUCCAGAGGCAGGAGGAGGUGGCACACAGGCUGUCACAAGAGCAACUCAGUCUUCAGGACUAUCCCUCCGCUGAUGGGUAUGCGUUUGGUAACACCGCCUACAAGAGCUUACACCUGUCGGACCAGGACUUGGCCGUGGCGGCUUUUAAACAGGCAGUCAGCCGCCAUGUAGAUAGAAACUAUGAAGCUCACAACAGAGGCCAGCCAAAAAACUUUGCCAAAUCUAAGUAUGACUUUGUGGCAAGAAACAACACGGAGCUCUCCGUGGUCAAGGAUGAGAUUGUGGAGGUGAUGGACGACAGGAAGCAGUGGUGGAAAGUGCGGAAUGGUGCAGGGCUCUCUGGGUACGUGCCAAACAAUAUCCUGGAGAUCUCCAGGGCGGUGGACGUGACGGGCAGAGGAGAGCCCAUCUAUAGCCACACCAUCCAGCUAAUGAUGCCAAAGAAGGAGUUUGAGUUGUUCAAGCAAUUACUGGGCGAGUUAAAUGAGAAACAGAGGACCGACUACGUCCCCAAACCGGCUGUGACCCCCGUGCCCCCAGCCCCGGCGCCCCCUCCUCCUGCCCCGGCGCCCAUGCGGCUACCCACCCCGCCUCUGCCCCCCGCCGCGCCCCCUCCCAACUGCGAGCCCCCGAGGCUUCCGCCUACCAACCUGAGCCGGCAGGAGAGCACCAACUCCAGCGAGAACGGCAGCGUCACCAUGAGGGAGCAGCAGAAGGAGCGACCCCCGUUCAACAACCGGCGGAAGUCUAAUAUGGAGGACGUUCAGGACGAGCUGAUGCACCGGCUGACGUUGGGCCGCAGCGCUCAGAAGAAGUUCCAGGUGCCCCCCCGCAGCACCAGCCUGCCCGCCGUCAACAUCAGCUACGACUCCACGCCCGAGCACGUCAAAUCAUGGCUGGAGGCCAAGGGCUUCAGCACAGUCACCAUCAAUAGCCUGGGUGUGCUGACCGGAGCCCAGCUGUUCUCCCUCAACAAGGAGGAGCUGAGGACUGUGUGUCCCGACGACGGAGCACGCGUCUUCAGCCAGGUCACUGUCCAGAAGGCCGCUCUGGAGAAGAGCUCUGGCUCUGAGCUUCAGGAGAUCAUGAGGAGGAGGCAGGAGAAGCUGACGGCGGUGGCCAGUGACUCUGGGGUGGAAUCUUUCGACGAGAGCAGCAGCCACUGAGCUUCCUUCUUGCCCGACCAAAAAGAGAAAGAAAAAAAACAUUCACCUUGUUGCAUUGUCGUUUUCCAGGAUGCCACAGAGCACGCCCAGUUCGCCGCAAUCAUGCGCAGACGCCAGGAACUGAUGGAUCCGGAACUUUCCAGAACAGCCGAAUCCGAUACCGAGUGAUCAGUGAGGGAAGGAAGGGGAGCGUGGUAUUUUUGGGAAAUGUAGUUUUGACUAAAGGACAUUUUAAGGUUGGCAUUAUCAGUCUAUCAGAAAUCACAAUCAGGACAAUUAUAUGGUAGGGAGGUAGGCCUGUUGACAAGAGUAGCAUAUUUUUACACAACAUUUUCUUAAAGAAAGUUCUUUUUGGGCUUAGAAUCUCUCUUAACAUUGGCUAGUCCACAAAAGAUGUGUUGUAGUGAUAUACACUCAUGUACAAGCCAGGUCAAUUCAUUUCAGAUGCAUUGGAGGACUGACUUAAUCCCACAAUCCCCUGUUGGUAUCUUCUUCUGUCAUCCUGCUCUUUGAGGGAUGUGCAUUCAGCCUUAUGGCACACGACAUACCGGGAAAUGGGGGAAAUGUUUGAAUUGAGGUGUUGAAAAGAUUUGUGAAUAAUUGAUUCUGAGAGAUUAUAAUUCUAUACAUUUUUUUUUGUUUUGUUUGCUGGCAAAGAGAGAACAUGAUAUUUAUAUACAUGAUCAUUUUGUACUUAAUUGUAAUGCCAAAAGAGUCUUUAUAUAACAAUGUAGUGGAUCAAUCCACCGAAGGACAGCAGUUAAGUUUCUCCUCAUUUUGUCAUUACACGUGAUCGCUUGGGCUAAGUUUCAUUUGAAUACAUUUCAGGUAUAUUUGAUUGUAGAUCUGUCUUUAUUAUUAAUACGGAAGUGCACUUGGUACUUCUCUUUAGACAAAUAAGAUAGGCAGGUGUUAUAAACUAGGUUUUGUGUUUUUUUUUUUUUUUGAGAGAGAGAGGACAUUUUGCACAUUAGUAAUUUCACUGCGCUUAUCCCAAGACUGCAUGACUAACUGUACAAUCUACCUGAGAGAACGUUCAAGUCUAAUUCAUGCUGCAGAUGACAUUCUUCCCUCUUUCAACUAACAGUCUUUUUUUGUACAUAUGCGGCCAAACCUAAUCGUUAGCGUCACUUUGUCUUCCAUAACCUCACUCACUGAAAACCUGCACGAAUGACACAUUUCUCUUUUUCUUAAUGAAUAGACGCCAUUAAAGAAUUAGCACACUAGACACUGCCCAUACGAUCACUUAAAUACUGCUGUAGUCAAUCACGUUUUUUUUCUGAAAUAGCAUUUAGGCUUUUGAAGCAAGGCAUGCUGGGAAAUUGCAUGUCCUAAAGUUGGAAGGAUUGACGUGUGUUAAAAGCCUGUGUGUGUGUGUGGGUGUUUGUGUGUGUGUAUGUGGGUGUUUGUGGGUGUAUGUGUGUGUGAAUGAACUGGUCAGGUUUGCCGCUGAAUGGUUGCAUAGUUUGAGGUUGGCGAAAAGUGAGGGAAAAAGUAUUAUGACUGGACUUGGCAUUGUGUCUGCAUAAUCAGCAGCCUGGACCAGGAGUAAAUCUGAAUGGGAACUGAAGGAAAAUCCCACUUUUGGGCUUAUUUGCUAAGACUGUUCCAUGAUCAGUGUAGUGCUUUCCAACUAAAGGGAGUGUUGGCAGAGAGCUGCUCAGGAUGGCUUUGCUGAAAGAAUGGCAUAUUGUAAUGGUUUGGUGUGAGUGACCGUGUACAGCUGGUUUAGCCCUGGCAGUUAGAAAUGUGACCACAAGAUGGAACGGGUUGUAUUUAAGUAAAUAUGUACAAAUGCCUGCACAUAAAUGUAUAGUGCUCAACGUAGUACUUUUGUGGCUUAAGCUUCAUUUUCAUUUGAGUUUUUUUUUUUUUUUUUUCAUACAGAAAAGAAAUGUGUUCAGCUUUUGUUCUCUGGACUGUAAAAGCGUGGGCCUCACUAGUUGACAAAAUAAAAAAAUGUUAAUUUUGUUCUUCUGUUUGAAUGAAACAUACUAUCAUCCACCUCAACAUAUAAGUACAAGUAGCACAUCAUCACAUCAAGUUGUAUAUUAAUAAUAUAAAGUACACAUGCUUUGUUACUGUGAAGGACCCAACUUUUCAGGCCAGGCUGUGUUGUAUCUAAAUGUAUGUGACUCUUAAGUACAAAAUGCUAGGACAAAGAAUGGACUACUUUAUUUUAUAUAAUUCUUUUGUCUUUGAGUUAUACAUAAAUAAGAAAUUACGAAAUUGUCUAUUGAUGGAUUACCUGGUUCGUCUUCGAAAAACAAAUGUGCACUUGCUAAAUGUUCCAUGUGAAACAAGGUGAUGCGAGUGUGUUGUGCGUGUGUGUGAGUGAGUGCGCUAGGUCGGGGCUAGCUUAGGACGAUCUUAAUCUUCUCACUGUACAUGAAUAGUUUUCAUGGUGCCUUUUUCACAUGAUGGCUAAUUCCGCAAUAAACAGUAUUGUAAAAAUA